AGGGUGUGGUGCUGCUCGGUGGUCAAGUUCUCCUCUAUAAAAAUGUCAUUUCAAUCUGACUGCAUUCACCACGACAGCACUGAGAAGGAAACCGAGUCAGCAGCAUUUCUUUGUCAGCUUUCUCCCCCGAAGCAGGACUCGUAGAUCCUGUUGGCAGCAGCAGUCAAGAUGGCUGGCCUGUGCUGGAUGGCUGUAAGUCUGCUUUUGUUGCUGUCCAGUGUAAACCGAUUGGCUGCUGUGGACCAGAACCAACUGGCAGAAAUUGUAACGGAGAUCUUGAAUAGGUACACACCGAGCUACGAGGGUGCGCGGGGUACAAGACGAUACCCAAUGUUCAGUCUGGCAGUGACCAUCCCAUACAACAAAGUCUCGAAAAGAUACGACAUGAGUCAAGUGACUGACUCAGGUGACGUUGUGAGGAGAAGGAUUCUAAAUUGUGAGGUGUACACCAGCACCAGAGUGGUUGCAGCCACGGUUCUGAGAUGGCCCAAUGUUUUGGAUCAGUGUCCUGAUGGAGACGUGCAAUGGCCUGAACUUCUGCCGCCAUGUAAAAAACCAAUAAAGACGUGGGCUGAUGUUCAGAGCACGUGCCCCAAUGCAAUUCGUGAGGGCAAAGCUGAUCAUGCAGAGUACCGAGUUCUGAGGCACUUUAACAUCUUGGUCAACAGUCUUAGCCAAAAUGAUUUGUUGCUUUUCUACAUUCUUGCUUCCCCAUGUGAUAAAAGGUGUGCAAGUGAAAAUGAAUCACAUCCCUUGAACAUUCUGAAUAGCAUAAACCGGAUUAAGCGUUGGAAUAACUAUGCUGUUGUGUUUUCCAAUGUAUUCCAACCUCGUGGUGGUCAACCUAUACCUGAGGCGGAGCUACGAGGAGCCCUCGAGCGACUCGGGAAUCACAGAGGUCCUCUGGGACCAAUUGGCUUGAACAACAUAUUCCGCUGCAACAGACAAAAUGGAAUGCAGUGCCAAAGCUGCUCUAGUGGUGGUCAAGUUGCUCCUUAUUGUAUCUCAGAUAAUUCACCCAUACAGCCUCAACCAGGCAGAAGUAACCCCCCCUCACAAAGUGGUCAAGGUGGCAGUGGUACGCGAAGCAACAGUGUCAAUCCAAGACCUGGAGUUUCCAGAAAUGUUGGAAGGCCGGGCUGACAAUGCAUCAGGGUCAAAGUCCGAGAAGUGGGUGGACGCAGAGUAGGAGUCAGAGGAAGGGGAAAAUUAGAGGAGGAAAAUGCCAAUAGGAUGGAUCCAGGAGGUACUGCAGAGGGCUAAAAAGAAAGAGCAGGAUGAGCUCCAAAUCUAUCUAUGCAUAAACUUUGCAAAAUUUACUUAAUGAAUAGACAAGUUUUCUGUUUUAAUGUGUAUUGAUAAAGUACAAAUUGGUAGUAUGGUGUAAUGCCAAAUCUUACAUACUGGCCAGUUCCUGAUACCACAUGUGUUCUCUGUUUGUGUGCAGGAAUAACUUUCAUUCUGAAUUUCUGUUCUUUCUGAUUAAAGCUUGGCUCAGCAUCA